UUUUCUCACUGCUGCUGUUUACGCGCCUGAACUUCAUUCGCUUUGGUUCAGAGAAACGACGCUUCCGUUGCUGCUCAAUUAUGAUAUAAUCAUAAUUUGAUAAUUUAUAGGUUUGAAAGUCUGCAUAGAUAAAAGCAAGUAUUUGAGUUGUUUAGUUCUUGUUACAGCUGCAUUUUGCUCAUCAGCCUGUUGUUUUCUUACUUCAUAAAGUUUGGCUUAGUGAUAUUUUACUCUUUAGUGUUUGAACAACACAGCUAGUUUCCCUCCUAAACACGCAGAAGCAAAUUACGACAACGUCGAACUGUUCCAACAGCCUCCUCCUAAACUCAUCGUGUCACAGGACAUUCAGUUAGUAAUUAGUGACAAACACGUCAGACAUUCACACAUUAAAUGCAAACAAGCCACCUUACAAAUAAUCAAAUAAUCCAAUUUAAAAUCAACAUUUAUACUUGUUUGUUCAUUUAACCGAUCAAAUGCAUCAUUUACAUAUUUUGUACCAAAAUUAUUAUACAGUAUAUAAAUAAAUACAUUUGUUUGUGAGCAUAUAUAUAUGUAAUAAACUAUUGAUUGGCUACAAGUGAUAUAACAGAACAACCUGCAGCAAAUCAUGUGUGGAGGUUACUCUAGGUCACCGCAGACCAGAGAUUAUUUACACUACUCCAGCUCUAAUAUGUAAAUACACAAUUACACUACUGUUUAAAAGUUUGGGGUCACUUGGAAAUGUCCUUAUUUUUGACAGAAAGGCACUUUUUUAGCAAUAAACGAUUCAGAAAUACACUGUUUACAACAUUAAUGUGGUAAAUGACUAUUCUAGCUGCAAAUGUCUGAUUUUUGCUGCAAUAUUUAUUUAGGUGUGUAGAGGCCCAUUUCCAGCAACUGUCACUGCAGUGUAGUAAUGGUACAAUGUGUCUGCUCAUUGUGUUAGAAGGUCCAGAUGACCUCAACAAAUUAACAUCCAGAUGCCAAAGGCCUGUAAUGCCGCAAUUGCUACACAUGGAGGAUUCUUUGAAAGCAAAGUUUGAGCAUUAUAAAAAAUUAUUAUUUCAAAUACAAAUCAUUAUUUUUAACCGUUUCAAUGAGACUAUAUUUUCCAUUCAUUUUACAACUCAUGCAGCUAAAUAAAAGUGUGACUUUUAAUGGAAAACACAAAAUUGUCUGGGUGACCCCAAACCUUUGAAUAAGGGGUGGCAGAAACAGAGGAGCAAACAGAUACUGAUUAAUGUUACGGUUAAUUCACUUCUUGGAUAUUAAGUCACAGAACCACCAAAACAUCCCAGAUGCUGCAUAUCUGGAUUGACGUCCUACUCAGAACCACAGAGACUCUAAUCCAACAGGAAGCUCAGCAAAAGAAUAGGCCCGAAACAUGCAAACACAAAACUAUGGCAAGGACACACAAAUGUUUAGCUAGAUUAUUUCCCCACGAUGGGGAAAUUACUAUAAAAGGCCUGAGAUGAAGCAGAGCAAUUUUAAAGAAAGUCAAAAAGGCCAAAGUCAUUAAAAUGAACAAGAUGUAGACAAAACAACAACAACCUGAAAACACACAAUGGCUCAAACAGUCAAUGGCCCGAUGGAACCUGAUGGAACCCAAUGGAGUCUAUGACAGCGUUGUCAUACGCUGCAGAUCCUAUCAAAGCCAAACAGUUGUGUUUAGAACCACACGUGUUAUAGUGACAUAGUUGUAGCAGGUUUCACAGACGAAAGCUAGUGCAGCGAGGAAACCAAAACGUUCUGCAAAUACAGAAACUUUCAAAGGAAGGUUUUAAAGUUGUGUAAUUUACUGAUAAAAACAGCAGCAACUAACUGUUGGUCUAAAAAACAACCGUCUCAGAAGAGGAAGUGGUUUAACGGUUUCACCUCCAACAGGAGCCAGAGUCGUUUCAUCAUCUGGUAAACGUCAGUAAUGUGUGAUCCUGCUGUAGAUCAGCGAAGCCUUGUGAUUUCAGGCUAAUGUGUUUCAGAGACAGUUACUGUGGUUCUCGUCCGAUACUCUGUUCUAGUCACAUUUACGCGUUGUAGAUAGUAAAAUGGUCCACGUUUCUACAUAAACCCUUCAGAGAACCCAAGCGCUUCACGCCAGCUUCUCAUUCACAGUUGCAUCGAACCUUGCGGUUUGAGCACAAGCGCCCUAACAACAGCUGUGUUAUAGAAGCAGAACAGUGAGGGUCCACUGAUUAGAGACCAUAUGAACCAUAACUGGGGAGAUGGAAGUAGAGGUUCUUAGUCCCGAGGCUUUACGCUAACACAAGCAGCUGCUGCCACAGACAGGAAGUGACCCGCAGGCGCCAACAGCCGCAGAAAUAGCAGAAGUGUGACCGUCAAACCUGUGACUACGAGGCCAACGGUCAGGAUUCAGGCGUGGACAUGGUCACAGGUCAUCAGCGUGCUCUGAACAAGUGACCUGAGCAGCUGACCUCAGGCCUCCCUCAGGACAAGCCUCCGUCCCGACGCUCCGUGGCCGAACUGGCGGGAAGAUUCAAGGGCUCCGCUGCUCCCAGCGACGCAGCGCGAAAAGAAACGGUGACGUCAGCGUUGCUGCUGUUCAUCUGCCGAGUCCUGACAGCAGUCGUUAAUGUUGCUGGCUUUUCCUUUUGAGCAGGACAAGCCGGUGAGACGACGGCCUCCCCACUCCCUACACAUUCCUCUAAGUCAAGCAGACGAGCGGGAGCCUGAAGCUUCGGCCUCACCUGGGCCUAAAAGCAAGAGGAACUCUGCUCUCAUCGAGAAGCUGCAGGCCAACCUGGCUCUGUCCCCCUCGGCUCUGCUGCCUUCUCCAAAGAGCCCCGGCUUCAAAGCGCUGGCUCCCAGCUUCAGCCCACUGUCUCCGGGCUCCAGCUCGUCCACCCCUUUGUCAACAGUGACACCCACCAGCCCAGUCACAGAGGAGGAAGGGCCGGUGUCCUUCGAAGACCCCCUCACCGCUGCUGAGGGGUCCGUCCUGUCCAACAUCAACAAGGGCCGAGCUCGUCACUCUCUCCGGCGACGACCUCCAUCCCGACGCCACAGGAAGUCCAGCAGUGGAGACGAGGUCAGUGUCCCCAGUGAUGCAAUGGACGCGACCCUGGCCUCUCUGAAUGAACCACGAGAGGAAGGAGGAGAGGUUUUUAAGAAGAAGGAAGAAACAGCUGAGGAGAAGGACAAGACAGAGGAAGAUCAGACAAAGUGGAAACACAAAGAGAAAGAGAAAGAAUCCAAGGAAAGAAAAGAGGAGUUGCAUCAGGCAUCAGGAAGAAAAAGAGAGGAAGAAAAAGAGUCGUCAGAAUCAGGAAGACGAGAGGAAGAGGAGUCGAUGUCAGCAUCAGGAAAACAAGAGGAAGAAAAUGAGUCGAAAUCAGGAAGACGAGAGGAAGAAAAGGAGUCGUCAGAAUCAGGAAGACGAGAGGAAGAAAAGGAGUCGAAAUCAGGAAGACGAGAGGAAGAGGAGUCGACGUCACCAUCAGGAAAACAAGAGGAAGAAAGGGAGUCGAAAUCAGAAAGACGAGAGGAAGAAAAGGAGUCGUCAGAAUCAGGAAGUGAAGAGGAAGAAAAGGAGUCGAAAUUAGGAAGACGAGAGGAAAAGGAGUCACCAGAAUCAGGAAAACAAGAGGAGAAAAAGGAGUCGUCAAAAUCAGGAAGACGAGAGGAAGAAAAGGAGUCGUCAGAAUCAGGAAGACGAGAAGAAGAAAAGGAGUCGUCAGAAUCAGGAAGACAAGAGGAGAAAAAAGAGUCGUCAAAAUCAGGAAGACGAGAGGAAGAAAAGGAUUUGUCAGAAUCAGGAAAACAAGAGGAAGAGAAGGAGUUGAAAUCAGGAAAACAAGAGGAAGAGUCAUCAGAAAGGCAGAAUGAAGGCUAACAACCACAGAAGACGACAAAAAGGACACAAGUUCUACCCGGUGAAGGUCCAGCUUCGAUGAGCCUCUGGGAGGAAGACCCUCUGCUCUUUGUAUCACCUCCGAUGCGGUGAUGAUGAAGCGUCAACAAUUUAGUCUUGUAAACAACCACUGAUAUUUUAGAAGGUUCUUGAGCUCCACAGGAUGCGUCCUGGACUUGAAGCCUGUGCUUGGAUUUCUGUGCCUUCAGACAGUGACUGAUUCAAAAUUCAAAACCCUGAGGCUUCAUAGAGAUGUUCAGCAGUCACCGUCAGAGUGAGUGGACUGUGAUGCAACCAGAGACCGGCCGACACCAACCAGUGAAAUUCCUGGUACGUUGGAGAAAACCAGAUCACGAGGACUUCGUCUGGUUGUAGCUCCAAAGCUGCAAAACAAGACUGAUACUUGUUCUAAACUUGUUCUUACUUCUUACAGUGAGAUGAAAAGGUUCAAUGUGUAGAAGCUGUCUCUGCAGGGCCGCGAUGCCUUUCCUUCAAAUAAAAUCUGCUCUUUGACA